AUGUCUUCUCUUUGUUCGCAGCUGCAUUCGGAGUAUCGCAGCACGUACAGAUGGCACGAAUACAAGGAGCAGCAGCAGCAACAGCAGGGGGUGGUCAAGCAGCCCGCCCCCACCCCUCCCUCCGCCUUGAAUCUUACCAGGGGACCCAUGGAGCCGGCGAUACCUCGUCGCAAGAAGUACCCCGGUGUGGCGUACAAGACGAACGAGCUGUUCGACCCGGCGCCCACUGACGAGAUCCGCCCCCAGCAGACGUCCGCCUUCGAGCGCGCCAGGAGCGCCCAGAGGAACGAGACAGAUCGCGCUGGGCGCCGUAGCAAGUCCGAGGGUCCACGUCAACCGCGCUGGACUGACACCGUCGAACCCAAGGCUACAACUGCCCUGGGUGAAGUGCUAGCGGCGAAGGAACCUGAGAUCGUGGUCAGCACGGAGUAUCGCAACCAGUUCGCUUGGCCCAAGGACUCCAGCGACUCCGCCCCUAGGAAGAGCAUCUCUAUGGGCGCGCUCAAGAAGGCCGCCGUGGCGGAAGGAUCAGUCGAGGCUGAACCACUGAUGAACCACGUCGACGGCGACCAUGACGAUCAUGGUCAUAAAAGAUAUAUAGAAGAUUAUCUAUGGAAUGGCCAAAAGCCUGGUGUCCAGAGAAAAUCGACGUUCCGUAGCGCACUAUCGGCCCUCAUAUACAACGGGGAGGAUCGUUCCAAAGAUAAUAGGAAACGUUACAAAAGCGAGUACAAAAAGAAAUUUAGACCGUUCUCUCAGUACGUGUACGAGGCAUCUAAAGGGACGUUUACGAAAUGCAGGGGGAAAGGGAAGACGAAUGAGGAAGCGAGCGAGAGGUUGGUGGUAGAGGCGGGCGAGAGCGGGGGUUCUGGGUCGGGGGCGGGGGCGGUAGCGGGGGCGAGGGCGGGGGCGGGAGCGGGGAAGGGGGCGGGUGCAGGGGAGGACAGUGCCAGCACGCUGCGCGCCGCCGGGCUGCAGCCGCUCGGGCUCGCGCAGGGCGACUCCUGGUACCGCGAGGUGCUGGACCUGCGCAAGCGCGCCGGCGAAUACAAGUAUCGUGGCUGGGGAACUGAACUAGCUCCUGAACACAUCACUCAGCUUUACAAUAAGCAAAUCGAGCUCUGGUACCAAGUCUCCCGUCGGUCCUCGCUGUCAGCCCUAUCACUCGCUUCCACCAAUCACAAAGCUCUUCCCCGAGAUGAGAAAGAUGGAAAGGAGUCUAAGAACCACUCCCCGAAGAAGUUCAGAUCAUUCCGCUCAGCGCCGCACCAAUCAAUCCACGCAAAAAUUCAAGAGACCAAGGCAUUAGAACGAUCUCCUCAUAAGACCUCGCCGCAGAAGCAAAGAAAGAAGCUGCAGGGAUACAGCUUCGAUGAAGGUGCUACCCAAGAUGGCGCGAAAACGGAGUCUUCGUUCCGGUCGCCACGGCGGCGGCCGCGCUCGGCCGACCCCGCGCCCGUCGCUCGCGCUUCGCACGAGCCGCGCCCGCACAAACCGCAAGGUUUGCCGUUGGGUAGUAAUAGAGUUAGGUCGACAUCGAGGGGUGGACGGUCGCCCUCGGCACCGAGCAAAAGUGGGACAGGGGUGGGAAUUAAUGAGACAAAUGGGGCAAUUGAGACACCAGAACGGGCCCGACGCAGUCGCAGCAUUUCAAAAGUGGGCAUUAAAUUGGAAGAUGAGAUAACAUCUCAUCGCAGCGCUUCUGUCGCUAAGGACCAUUUCUUUGACGACUCUCCCGUGGUAAAGUCGCCUCCGGAGCCCACCCGGGUCAAAUCUCCGGAGCAAAUGAACAUGCGUUCUCCAGAUCCGGUCAACUGGACCGUGCCCCUGGACACCGGCAAGACGUUCACCGUUACGCAAAACGUCAAAAGCGAUGAGAGUGUAAAGCGCCCUAGCUCUGAGUUUAAGGGUGGCUCCGUGGCCGAUGAAGGUCCCGCUCUGAAGCCGGCAGAAAUCGCUCCAAUACAUCACCAGCAGAUGUCUCCGAUUCGAUCGCUGAAAAAAAGCGAGUCGCCAACAAGCCUGAGCAAACGCACGGAUAAAACUCCCACAACCCCUAUAAGCCUCACUCCAAUUGACGAAACAAAGGCCUUGGAUAUGAAUAAUGUAAAUGGCAUUAACGGCGUCAACAGUAACCAAUUAACACCUGAGACACCGAUACAAGAAACUAUAAAAGAAAAAGAGGUCAUCAAAAAAGCUAUUGAGGCUACUCAGAAAGCACCAGGUGUGGUGGACACUACCGUUGUCAAUGAAACGCCCAACACUGGUGGAUUGACAGCAGCUGAGGUCCUUGACAGGGCUCGUAACAGAUUCGAUAAGUUCUGGGGAAAGAAAGAAGAAGACACUGUUUAA